GAGUAUUACAAAGAAUAUUGAAAAGGGUAUCAAGGAGACUAUUUAACUUCUUGUGACAGCCAAAUUGAGUUUCACAGGUUUUUCAUAAAAUAAAAAACAGUCAUGGCUGCUCCAACGGAGCACAAUGCAUACGCACCCUCUCCUCGGGAUAUUUCGAUCACGCCCCUACUCAAACGACUGUGGCCUUCACCUGGAGAUAAUAAUGUCACAGCAUCAGAAGUUGCUUCAGCAAUCUCACACAUUUUCACGGAUUCAUUAUCUCCGGUUCAAACGGGUGCUUUACUCACAUGUUUGCAUUUCACGGGAUGGGAUCGAAAAGCAGAUGUUCUUGCAAAAUGCGCCGAAGCUAUGAGAGAAGCUGCUUCACCGGUUGACAAAGAAGCUCUAGACAAAGUUGUCGCGGCUGUUGGCAAACCAGAAGGUGGCUACAAGGGAGGCUUGUGCGAUAUCGUUGGAACUGGAGGAGAUUCGCAUCAUACUUUCAAUAUUUCAACUACAUCCUCUAUCUUGGCUUCAUCUCUAUUACUUCUGAGUAAGCAUGGAAAUAGAGCAUCUACUUCAAAGUCAGGAUCAGCAGAUCUCCUCAGCUGCACUUUACCUUCGGCACCAAACCUAUCAGCGGUGACACCGGAAACUAUCAAUAAAGUUUACGAAAAAAGUAAUUACGCUUUUCUUUUCGCACCAGUCUUCCAUCCUGGUAUGAAAUAUGUUGCUCCUAUCCGAAGAGAGCUCGGUUGGAGAACAAUCUUCAAUCUGAUGGGCCCCCUUGCCAACCCGGUCGAAUGCAGCAUUGAAGCUCGACUUUUGGGAGUUGCUCGACGAGAUAUUGGGCCUGUCUUUGCAGAUGCCCUUAAAAUGAGCGGUGCCAAAAAAGCCAUGGUCGUUUGUGGAGAAGAAGACCUCGAUGAAAUCAGUUGUGCAGGACGGACAUUUUGCUGGAGAUUAACGGAAUCUUCUGACGAUGAUGUCAAAAUUGAGAGCUUUACAAUUUGUGCCGCUGAUUUCGGACUUCCAUCACAUGACCUGAAGGAUGUUUCACCAGGGAAGGAGCCUCAUGAGAAUGCCGCGAUUCUAAUGAAUCUCCUCCAAAACAAACUACCAGAAAAUGAUCCAAUUCUGGAAUUUGUUCUCAUGAACACUGCGGCUUUGUUUGUUGUCUCGGGUAUUUGUGAUGCAGAUACUAGUGAUAUGGGCCACGGAGAUGAUGGAAAGGUUAUCACUGAGAGAGGACCUGGCGGAGGAAGAUGGAAGGAGGGCGUAAGAAGAGCUCGAUGGGCUAUUAAGAGUGGCGAGGCUUACAGGCAAUGGUCACAAUUUGUGGAAGUUACCAAGACAUUUUAGAUCUGAAAGACAAAAUUUGACAGAUGUCUAUGGACAAGAUCAAUGUUAUGUAUGAUUAUGAUGUGCGAACGGCGGUUGGACUGAACUAUCAGGUAUUGGGAAUACAAAAAAUGGGAUGGAAAAGUUCUUCAUAUACUCAGCCAUUCACGUCAACCCUAUCAAAAAUGGGCAUGAAAAUAGAUCUGGAAUAUGAUGCUAAGUGUUAAUUGUUGGGAUCUAC